UGUAUGUAUAUAUAAAUGUGAGUGCCGAAAAACCGAAGCGCGUUUCGCUCUCUUGUUGAAAAGAGUCGCUUGAUGUUUUUAUACUGAGAUACUCGCAUUUUAUCACACGAACGUAUAUUCCUUCCGCGCGGCAGCCAAUAUUAUUCCUACAAUCAAAACACUCACACCAGAAGAUCCGAUAUACAUAUAAAAAUAAAGGCAGAAAAAUAAAUGAGACAUUUUGUGAGCCACCAAGACCUUUGUGUGAUCGCGUAACCAAACCUGAACGGGCGAAAUCAAUGAUGGCAUUCAAUUGACGAGAGAGAGAACAAAAAAAACAGAAGAAACGAACAAACGAGAGAUUCGGAACAUAUUCGUACAGUGAAUUGUGUGUGAGAAUAGAUUGAGAAAACCGGGAUAACCUCGAAAGUAUUUGUGCAAACAAAUUGUUAAAAACGGAAUUGUUAUCUGUGUUCCAUCGUGGAAACUAUAUUAUGUGGAUUGGCUGAAUACACUGAUAUACAUUUUGUUUUACCGCAAUUAAAUUUGUAUGAGUUCUUCUGAACACUCUUCCAAUGUGAUUUGAUAUACAAUUUUGUUCCUGCAAGUCAAGUGAAUCAUAUCGAGUGGUCUGAUAUACAGGCUAGAUUCAAGUGUAGAAAAAGAGAAAAUUGUGCGUGUUUUUCCGCAUAAAUCCAUACAUUUUGCAUAAAUCAACUGAAAAAAGGCUAAAAUUCAAGAGGAAAAAAAAUGGAUUUCAAUGACCCUGAUUCAAGCAUAGAGUAUGGUGACGACGAACAACAAAAUGAAGUGGUGCCAUCAUCUGAAACGUCAAUCAGCGACAAUGAAUUAACAACCACAAUCACAGAACACAAACAAUCGCCUGUAGACUGUGCUCCAUCGUCGAAUGGUGCGAAUAGCAUUUGUGUUAAAAAUCAAUUGCACACGUCUGGCCGAAACGUCGAGACAAAUGCUGCUAUCGAACCGGAAUCGGAUGGCGGUGGUAGUGGAGCUGGUGUAAAAAGUGAAUCGGAAUCCGAAUCCGAGUCACGUUUAGUUAUACAAAGUGAAAAUGAAACAACGGACAACGAUACGGCGGCGUCUACACUCGCAACAACAACAAUAAAAGAAAAUGGUGGCACAGCUUCGCUAAAAAAGUCGGCAAAACGUAAAUCAACCGCAAAGAUAAAUAAUAAACAACAGCACAACAAAAACGACAUUAACGACGAUGUGAAUUUCGGCGAUGCCAGCGAAUUUAGUGAUGACGAUGAAAAAUUUAUGGGUUUCACCGUUGAAGAUAUUAGUAAAUGCACAAGUUGGGCACCGUCAGUAUUGCUAAAGCGAAUAAAAACCGAUUCUCCAAACUCAACAGCAACCAAUUUAAUCGAAGACAAAGUUGAACAAAAAACACCGAAAGUGAAAAUGAAUGACAUAAAACCAACCGUUGAACCAACGCCGGUGCCAGUGCCGGUGCCGCCGCCACCACAGUCAACCACACCACCAAAGCCACCGACAGUGACAACGGCCACCGACUCACCGGCUCACAUCAUCAAAACCGAUCCACGAUAUCGCAAUCCCUUCAAAUUUGGAUGGCGACGUGAAGUCGUGUUCCGUGCCAAUUUAUCGAGCACAACAAAAAGUGACAACAGAGGUGAAGUGUAUUAUCAUUCGCCGAGUGGCAGAAAAUUGCGAACCAAAAAUGAAAUAUCGACCGAAUUGCGUGCACUCAAGGAUCAAAGUUUAGAUAUUGGCGAUUUUUCGUUUGCUAAAGAAAGCAUUGGAAUGCCAGUCGAACAAGAAAUUGUACGCAGUGCCAAGGUUCAAACACCGUCACAGAAACGACCGCAAGCCUCACUACCCGAAGCAAUACCAACACCAGAAGUACUUGGCAAGCGUAUUCCAAAGCCGAAAAUGCCAAAAGGUGCUAGCCCACCACCACCAUCUUCAAUAGGCAAUAAAUCACGGACCCCAGCCACAAGCAAUAAACGACAGCCCGAGCGUGAAAUAAUCGAAGUGAUUCAACCGAAAGCAGCUAAAAUAAAUUCAAAAUCAAAUAGGGAACCGUGCACAAUAAAUUGCGUCUUGGCCAUGGGAAUCAUACCGCAGCUGCAGUGCAAGAAGUGUCAGUUUAUGUAUCAUCAUGAAUGCGUUGGCAAGGAUGGAUCACGUCAUAUCACCACCUUUGUUUGUGAACAUUGCAAACGUGAGAAGAGCGAAGCCGCUCAGAGUGCACAAGCAGCAGCGGCGGCAGCAGCAGCAGCUAAUAAGGAUCAACAAAUCGAGAAUAAGAUGGUAAAUGCAAAUUCAACGGAACAAUUAACGACACCGAUCCGACCGAUGAAGAAAGCUCCAUUGCCAAAUUCAUUGACUAAAUCAGCAACAUCCACACCGACAAAUGCAAAAUCAGCAAAAGAUGACACAGCUGCACCAACCGAACACGAUUUAUCGGCACCACAAUCGAUUGCCAUCGUUGCUGGCCGAAAGUAUAUUAUGGUUCCGAAAACAGCUAAGAUCGCCACUACACCCGAUUCAGUCAACGGAAAUCAAACCACUAAGAGUUCAUCGAGGCCGCACACUCCAGUUGCUGGUUCAAAGUCAACUUCGUCACGUAGCAGUUCAACUGCUAACCGAACAUCGCCGUCACUUCCGGCGGCAAACAACGUUUAUGCUUCAGCACCAGCAUCAGUUCAUUCGGUUUUUGCUUCCGAAUUUUUCAACAACGUAUCAAGGGGCUAUGAUAUACUGUUCAAUAUUUUCCAAUACUUGAAAGUUCAGGAACUUCUUCGCGCAUCAAGUGUGUGCCGUAUGUGGAAUCAUGUUGCAAACAACAGUAUCUUAUGGCAAACGGUACGAAUGAAGAACUCACAAGCAAACGAUUGGACUGGUUUGAUGGCAGCACUCCGACGACAUGGAACGCGUCACUUGGACUUGCGGAAAAUUUUGAUUUCAUCAUCUUUGGACUGGAAUGAUUUCAUAACGCACAUAAGCCGAGUGCCGGAUCUUGAAACAUUGCACUUGUGUCGAUGCCCAUCUGAAGUUGUAACCGCUUUGCUUGAGACAAAUACAAAUCUACAAGCCUUGAACGCUCUAUCCAUAACCGGAAAUUCAUUUUCUUUUCCGACAUCGUGUAAUAUGCCUGCUUUGAGAGAGCUACGCUUAUCGUCAGGUACAAAAUCAUCAGGUUCAUCGAUGAGUAUUGAGAAUUUGCGAGCAUUGCUUCAGUUAGACAGUUUGCGUCACCUUUCGCUAACAUCAUUCGAGUCACUGGACGCUAAUCAAUUGGAGCCAUUGGCAUCGUUGACCGCACUUGAGUCCCUUGAGCUAGGCAAAUGUAAUAAUUUGGCCGGUGGUUUUGCAAAGAAUAUUCUAAUAAAACUACGGAAUUUGGAGCGUUUACGUCUGGAGGAUGGCAAAGGAUGUGCCACAUUUGAUAUUCUUGAAGCGAUUGAAAAGCUUCCCAAACUGGUUCAAUUGGAACUAGUUAACUUUGACAUAAAACCCGGCUUCGACACACGCAUCGCUCAAUGCAGGCGCUUGAAACGCCUAUUAAUUAUUCCGACAUACAUUUCACAGUCGGCAACCACAAACAAUCUUGUACUGUCGAGCAUUGCUCAUCUUGGUGAUACGCUACAGUCAGUCACAUGGGUCGUAACACAGGAAUUGAUUCGUGUCACUGAUUUAUACACGGACGAGUGUCACGAAGGACAGCCGCGUAAACCGAACGAAGACAAAAUACCAAUCAUCAAGCCGGUGCCAAUGAUGCGGGAAUCACCAAAGAUCAACACAUCCGGCGAAGCAAGUACACAGCUCGUUGAAAUUCUGCCGCUGAGCCAAGUGGACAAAAUCAUUCGCACCAACAUUCCGAAACUCAAUCUGAAGAUUCAAAAGGUACCGUUUACGGCCACAUGGCGACAAACAAUAAGCGAAACUUCAUAGAUUGCGAGGUUACGGUGUACAAUCAGGCGCCCUACUACACGAUACGCCAAGAUGAAUUCGGCGAUCGCGAUUCUGCUCAUUGGAAAAUGUACAUAAAUAAUUCAUAUGUAAUCACACGAAGUAAAAUCGGACAUAUUUUUGAG